UGAAAACGUGUGUAAAUACUUAUUAUUUGGUACGUUCGAUUCAACGUGCCUUAGUCCUUUGACAGUUCAAAUGAGAGACGUCUGUCUUCACUUCUUCGAAGAACAAGAGAAGUAGGUAGUAUCGACGGCAGCGUACAUUAGCCUGUUUCUGCCAGAGUUUAGCCCGUUUCCAGUUAGCGAGUACGUAAUCUGCCAUGGCCGCGAGCGCUCGACUGUUUUCCCGUGUCAAAGAUGGUUUCACAACCAGCGUUCGUUUUGCGAGUUAUGAAAGCACUCGGAAGAAUCUGAAGCUCAACUCGAACUCGAAGGUCAUCUGCCAGGGAUUCACGGGAAAGCAGGGCACCUUCCACUCCCAGCAGGCCCUCGAGUACGGAACGAAGCUGGUCGGAGGAGUUUCCCCCGGAAAGGGCGGUCGCCAACAUCUGAACCUUCCGGUGUUCAAUUCGGUGAAGGAAGCGAAGGCGGCCACCGGUGCGGAUGCCACCGUAAUCUACGUUCCUCCCCCGGGGGCAGCCAAUGCCAUUAUGGAGGCCAUCGAAGCGGAGAUCCCGCUGGUGGUGUGCAUUACCGAGGGAGUCCCGCAGCACGACAUGGUCAAAGUAAAGCACGCCCUGCUCGCUCAAGACAAAUCCCGUCUGGUUGGCCCCAACUGCCCAGGAAUCAUUGCUCCCGAACAAUGCAAGAUCGGUAUCAUGCCGGGACACAUCCAUAAGCGUGGCAAGAUCGGUGUCGUGUCCCGUUCGGGAACACUGACCUACGAGGCCGUGCAUCAAACGACAGAAGUGGGUCUCGGUCAAACGCUUUGCGUCGGCAUUGGAGGCGAUCCCUUCAACGGAACCGAUUUCAUCGAUUGCCUGGAAGUCUUCCUCAAGGAUCCGGAUACCAAGGGUAUUAUCCUGAUCGGUGAGAUUGGUGGUGUCGCUGAGGAAAAGGCUGCCGAUUAUCUGAUGCAAUACAACCAGGGCAUUAAGGCCAAGCCAGUGGUCUCCUUCAUUGCCGGUCUGUCUGCUCCGCCUGGCCGUCGGAUGGGUCACGCCGGUGCCAUCAUCUCCGGAGGCAAGGGAGGCGCCCAGGAUAAGAUCAACGCGCUCGAAAAGGCCGGCGUCAUCGUGACCAGAAGCCCGGCCCAGAUGGGCAAAGAGUUGUUCAAAGAAAUGAAGAGAUUGGAACUCGCCUAAAUAAAUGCAAGCUAAACCAUACAUCCACAUAAGAAAAAAAAAACCUUCAACAAAAGUGUGUAGUAAGUUUAGGAGUAUUUUCUUCAAUGUUACCCUCGGUCAAACGACGUUUUAUGUUUUCCUUUUUUAUACACGCAACAUAAACAGGAUUGAGCAAUAAACGAUGAGCUCAGAAAUAUACACUAACGAAGAACUAAGUAUAAAAACGCAUUAUUUGAAUCCGAUUUUAGAGUGGAGAAAAAGCGUAAUGUGCAAAAACACCGAAUGAAGCCUUGUUGUUAGAAUGGAAUUCUUUUUUUCCCCUUCGACAUAGGUAUAUUGCAAAUCGAUAAACAUAUGAUACGAGAAGACUAAACUGCAAUAAGCUGCAAAGGGUACCGAUAUUCAAAGAAGUGCUGGAUGAAUAUUUAUUCCGUUCGAUUAGCUUUUGGUGUAAUCGCACUCGAAAUUAUUGAACUGCACAAUAUGAUAGAAAUGACUGUCCGAAUCUACAUAUAUGGCGAUGACUUCAUCACUUAUCAUCCUAAACCGGUCAAAUUUGACCGCAAGAGCAAACCGAAUCUGUAAUCGUUCAAAUACCAAACAGCAUGAAUACAAAAUUAUGGAAUAAUCGUU